AAGUUCAAAUGAAGUCCCAGAAAUCUUGGAUUGAAGGCGUCUUCUGUAAAAGAGAAUGUGCAAAAAUCAUACCAACUUCCAAAGACCCACACAGAUGUCCUGCGGGAUGCCAAGUCUGCCAGAACUUAAUUCGAUGUUGCUGUGGACGGCUGAUUGGUGACCAUCCUGAGAUAGAUUGUAGUUGGCUUGCCUGUCAGUCUGUGAAGGAGACAGAGGAAUGGUCUGUCCAAAAGCACACAAAGACAAGUCCAACGGAUACAUUUGGUACUAUCAAUUUCCAAGAUGGCGAUCAUACCUACCAUGCCAAGUAUAUCAGAACUUCUUAUGAUACCAAGUUGGAUCAGCUGCUGCAACUGAUGGUGAAAGAAUGGCAGAUGGAAUUGCCAAAACUGGUAAUUUCUGUUCAUGGUGGUAUCCAAAACUUCAAACUUCCAUCUAAGCUUAAGCAGCUUUUCAGCAAAGGCUUGGUCAAAGCUGCUGAGACUACAGGGGCAUGGAUACUAACAGAAGGCAUCAAUACUGGAGUAUCCAAGCAUGUGGGUGAUGCACUGAAAGUUCACGCUUCUCAGUAUUUAAGAAAGAUCUGGGCUGUUGGAAUCCCUCCCUGGGGUGUCAUUGAGAACCAUAGGGACCUCAUCGGGAACGAUGUAGUCUGCCUGUAUCAGACUCUGAGCAACCCUCUCAGCAAGCUGAGCACUCUCAACAGUAUGCAUUCUCAUUUCAUACUAGCUGAUGAUGGGACAGUGGGCAAGUAUGGUAAUGAGAUGAAACUCAGGAGGAAUCUGGAGAAAUACCUUUCACUUCAGAAGAUCCAUACUAGAAUGGGACAAGGAGUGCCCUUAGUUGUGCUACUGGUGGAAGGUGGUCCAAAUGAGAUCCUGACAGUAUGGGAAUAUGUAAGGGACAAACCUGCUGUCCCUGUAGUAGUAUGUGAGGGAACUGGUAGAGCUGCUGACCUCCUUGCUUUCACACACAAGCACACGGCCGAUAUGACGGACCUGACCCCUCAGCUUAAGGAAGAAAUACUAUUAAUGAUUCAGAACACCUUCAGUUUGGGACAAAAGCAGUCCUGUCACCUAUUUAAAAUUUUAAUGGAAUGCAUGGAACAUAAGGAUUCUAUAACUAUAUUUGAUGCAGAAUCAGAAGAGCAUCAGGACAUUGAUUUGGCAAUCCUAACUGCACUCUUAAAAGGAACAAAUAUGUCUGCUCCAGAUCAACUCAAUCUGGCACUAGCCUGGAAUAGGCUAGACAUUGCAAAGAAGCAUAUAUUGGUUUAUGGUCAGCACUGGAAGGUUGGCUCUCUUGAGCAGGCAAUGCUGGAUGCUUUGGUAAUGGACCGGGUAGAAUUUGUGAAGCUGCUGAUAGAACAUGGAGUGAAUAUGCACCGUUUCCUUACUAUAUCCAGAUUGGAAGAACUGUACAAUACUAAACAAGGGCCAACAAAUCUACUUCUGCAUCAUCUUGUCUGUGAUGUGAAACAGAGUACUCUUCCUGUGGACUAUAAAAUAUCACUGAUAGAUAUUGGACUGGUAAUAGAAUAUUUGAUUGCUGGAGCUUAUCAAAGCAGCUACACAAAAAAGCAUUUCAGAGUUCUGUACAAUAGCCUUUAUCGGAAACAUAAGAGGGUUGUCUCAAGCUUGACAUCGAACCUCUCCCUUCAUCAUAUGGGGAGCAGAAGCGGAUCUGCUGAAAAUACUUUGCAUUCCCAGUUUAUCAGAACAGCACAGCCGUACAAAUAUAAAGAAAAAUCAGCUGCUCUUCAUAAAUCUAGGAAGAAGCUGAAAGAUGAAUUUACUUUCUCAGAUGACCAGGACUCGGCUGGCUUUAUUUACCCAUAUAAUGAUCUCUUGGUUUGGGCAGUACUAAUGAAAAGGCAGAAGAUGGCCAUGUUCUUUUGGCAACAUGGAAAAGAAGCAAUGGUCAAGGCAGUGGUGGCUUGCAAACUCUACAGAGCCAUGGCCCAUGAAGCCAAGCAAAGUAACAUGGAGGAUGAUACAUCCGAAGAGCUGAAGAAGUAUUCAAAUGAGUUUGGGCAGCUUGCUUUAGAUGUGUUGGACAAUGCAUUCAGACAGAACGAGCAGAUGGCCAUGAAGCUGCUGACAUAUCAGCUGAAGAACUGGAGUAACUCGACAUGCCUGAAGCUGGCUGUGUCGGCAGGUUUACUGCCUUUUGUGUCCCACACAUGCACACAGAUGCUCUUGACUGACAUGUGGAUGGGACGCCUGAAGAUGAGGAAGAACUCCUGGCUUAAGGUGAUUCUGAGUAUUCUUUUACCUCCCACUAUUUUGACGCUGGAAUUUAAAAGCAAGGCUGAAAUGUCUCAUGUGCCUCAGUCACAAGACUUUCAUCAGUUCACAUGGUACUAUAGUGAUCCUAGCAUCUCUACUGGAAAAGAAGACCUCUCUUUGAAUUAUUAUGAUUUAGAGAGAGGAAAUGAGAAGCUAGAUGAAAGGCAGUCUUAUCCAACCAAUAACGAACAGGGAAGCCUUCCUGGAACAAGAAAAGUCUAUGAAUUCUACAGCGCCCCAAUUGUCAAGUUCUGGUUUCAUACGAUUGCCUAUUUAGCAUUCCUCAUGCUGUUCACUUACACUGUCUUGGUGAAAAUGGACUCAACACCCAGUGUGCAGGAGUGGCUUGUCAUCAUCUACAUUUUAACUACCUCCAUUGAGAAGGUCAGAGAGGUAUUUAUUUCCGAACCAGGAAAGUUCAGCCAAAAGGUGAAAGUGUGGAUUAAUGAAUACUGGAACUUUACAGAUUCUAUCGCUAUCAUUUUGUUUAUGACUGGUUUUGGCUUGCGCUGGGCUGAUCCUCCAUUUCAAACGGCAGGAAGGUUGAUCUACUGUUUGGACAUAAUAUUCUGGUUUGUCCGACUCCUUGAUUUCUUUGCUGUGAAUCAGCAUGCAGGACCAUAUCUAACAAUGAUUGGGAAAAUGACAGCAAACAUGUUUUAUAUUGUAAUUAUGAUGGCCAUAGUAUUGUUGAGUUUUGGUGUGUCUCGAAAAGCAAUACUUUCGCCGCAUGAGCAGCCAUCAUGGACUUUGGCACGAGAUAUUGUAUUUCAGCCUUAUUGGAUGAUGUUUGGUGAAGUAUAUGCAGGAGAAAUUGAUGCUUGUGAAUUAAAUCCAGAUUGCCCUCCAGGUUCCUUCCUUACACCAUUCCUUCAAGCUGUCUACCUCUUUGUACAAUACAUCAUCAUGGUCAAUCUCCUUAUUGCUUUCUUUAAUAAUGUUUAUUUUGAUAUGAAAUCCAUAUCAAACAAGCUCUGGAAAUACAACCGUUACCGCUACAUAAUGACCUACCAUGAAAAGCCAUGGCUGCCUCCACCUUUCAUCGUUCUGAGUUAUAUUGGCCUUCUUCUGAAGUGUCUCUGCCACCGUCGGCCACCAAAUGAAUUUGAUCAAGAGGAGGGCGGUGUUGAGCUGAAGCUCUACCUGAGUGAUGAGGAGUUAAAAAAACUUCAUGAUUUUGAAGAGCAGUGUGUGGAAAAAUACCUGCAUGAGAAAAAUGAAAGUCUGCACUCCAGUGACUCUGAAAGGAUCCGUGUAACAACUGCAAGAGUUGAAGAGAUGUUUUCACAGCUGAAGGAGGUGCAUGAGAAAGUAUUUUACAUCAAAGAUGCUUUGCUCGCACUGGACAGCCAGUUAGGACACUUACAAGAUCUCUCUGCUUUAACUGUUGAUACUCUGAAAGUAAUUUCAGCUGUGGAUACUUUGCAAGUAGAGGAGGCUUUUCUUGCUGAUAAGAAGCACCAAACCUGUAGAAAGCUUCCACAUAGCUGGAGCAAUGCUACUUAUUCAAAGGCUUUCAACAGUCUAGAAUGUAUGAAUGAUAAAAAGUACAAUUAUUUCAGUGUGCCGCCUUCCUUUCUGAGAAGCUUGGCAAAGAACCAGUGGCCAUCAGAGAGUUCUCAUCACGUUCUUAAUGCAAUGGACGACAGUGAGAUAAAAUCAAUAGAUAAGCAUCAGGAGACGGAAAAUGACACUCCAACUUCUGGGGUAUCUUCAGAGGGUAAAUCAACUCCUAGAUGUAGACAAUUUCUUUUGGUUCCUUCUGAUCAGCAAGGAGUUUCUUUCUCUGAAGAUGCUGGCUUGAGUUUGUCAUUUUCAAGUGCUCUGAACGAACUCAGGGAAGAGGAACUGAAAGCCAAGCCCCACACCAAGCAUUGCAGUACUACUAUUCACCUGAAUGUACAUGGUGCUGCUGUUGUAGACAGAGAGCCCAUUAUUCAUCAAAGACAGGAACUGGACUCUGUUACUUUUUUGCCAGCCAAGAAAAGUGGUGAAACCAUAGCUAGACAUUAUUUAGCUACCCAAACUCCUAGCAUUGCCAGCAACAUCUCUUUACGAUCUCAUCACCAAAGUGAGGAGCCAGGAGGAGGGUAUGUGAAUUGGGGGUUCUCAGAAGAGGAUGAAAAGAAUGUCUUCAUCAGCCAGUCAAGGCAGUCAUCCUGCAUGAAUUCUGCCCUCAACAAAGACUGCAACUGUGGUUUGCAACAAGUGAAGAUAAAAGAAUCCAAAUCUUUCUCCUACAAUUCUGACAGAUCAGGAUACGGUAGUGAUUGCUCACAGUCCUAUCUCCCAUUCAAGCGCAGCGCCUCUUUCUGGAUCAAUCCACAUAGAAAAAACUGGACGUUUUUCAAAGGAAGUAGCUUUCGGUCUCACAAGGCUGAGAAAGUGGAGAAGACCAGCAAAGUAAAAGAACUAUCAAAAUCCACUGAACUUUGUAAAUCAGUUUGGGCAAAGGCAAAACUUGGAAACAAAGACAGAAAAUCUUGGCGAAAGAAACAGAAAGCUCUUCAAGUGCCGGUAAUAACAGUAGAUGACUGUCCCCAGAGCACCCAACGUAGUUCAGAACUGCUUGACAAUAGGUUUUUGAGAGAAGAACAGGAAAAGAGGACAAACAGGCUAACCAUGUCCAACUUCAAUCAGCAAUGUUUGGAUCAUAACAGUUGCAUGCAUCAGAAAAUGAAAAAUCAAGGAACUGCUAAACACGCAGUGCAAAUUUGUGACUAUUUGAGGCAAUCACAAGAGGAUUUAAAUAACAGUUCGAUUUGGACUUACAGGAGGAAUAACUUGAGCAGGAAUCCCUCGUUGACUAUAGAUGGAGUGGACAAAAUCUCAUCCUCCUUAAAAAACCCUCAAGAUCUCCACCAUCAUUACUCAGCUGUCGAAAGGAAUAAUUUAAUGAGAUUAGCUCAAACGAUACCUUUUACACCAGUGCAGCUCUUUGCUGGUGAAGAAGUAACAGUUUAUAGAUUAGAAGAAAGUUCACCUUUGAACCUUGAUAAAAGCAUGUCAUCCUGGUCACAGCAUGGCAUGGCUGCUAUGAUUCAAGUUUUGUCUCGGGAGGAAAUGGAUGGAGGUCUCAGGAGGGCUAUGAAGGUUAUCUGCACCUGGUCGGAAAAUGAUGCCCUAAAGUUAGGCCAAGUUUUCAUUGUAAAGUCUUUCCUCCCUGAGGUAGUAGAGACUUGGCAAAAGAUCUUCCAUGAUGACACAGUACUCCAUCUCUGCCUCAGAGAAAUACAACAGCAAAGAGCAGCUCAGAAGUUGAUCUAUACCUUCAACCAAAUGAAACCUCAUAGCAUUCCACAUACUCCGAGGUUUUUGGAUGUCUUCUUAAUAUAUUGUCAUUCAGCAAAUCAGUGGCUAACAAUAGAGAAGUUCAUGACGGGAGAAUUCCGCAAGUAUAACAACAACAAUGGGGAUGAAAUCACACCCACUAAUGUGCUGGAAGAAGUUAUGCUGGCUUUUUCUCACUGGACCUAUGAAUAUACCCGAGGAGAACUACUCGUCCUGGAUUUACAAGGUGUAGGAGAGAACCUUACUGAUCCAUCCGUUAUUAAACCUGAAGACAAACAGGCUAAAGGGAUGGCAUUUGGACCAGCAAACCUUGGAGAGGAAGCAAUAAAAAAUUUCAUAUCAAAGCAUCAAUGCAACUCCUGUUGCAGGAAACUCAGACUUCCAGAUUUGAAAAGAAAUGACUAUACACCUGGAAGAUUCAAUCCAGUUUUUGAAGCUGAAACAGAAGUAAUAGUAGCAGCAGGAGGCGAAGUUGUUAAGAAUGGCAAUGAUGAACCUUUGGAAUAUAAUACACGAUUGUGAUACAAUGCAUUCUCAGGCAGGCAUCUUAAACAUCUGAAUCUUUCCAUAAUUGUCUAAAGGGAAAUAUAGAUGGGCAUAUAGAUGCAUAAACACCUCAGUACUGCUGUAGGCUAAGGAAAUGAAAGCCAUAUACAUAAAAAGGAGAAGAUUAAUAAACACUUAUCUUGUAAAGAAGCUACCUUAGUAACUGGCCUCAGUGAAAGUUUUUUAAAAAAUAUUCUGAGACUAUUCAUUAAAGUCUGUGGGAUCAGAUGUACCUGGCUAGUAAUUAAAUUUAUGUCUUAGAAAUUUAGCUACUAAUGGAGAUGAAUGGCAAUUAUUGAAGAAAAAUCAGUGGUGAAUAUUGCUUUUUUCCUAGAAAGAGCUGUUUGAAUUUUUCUUGCCUUCUCUCACUACUUACAUUUUCAAGAAGAAAUGGAGAUCCUUUUUGCUUCAGCACACAAUACCAAUGAGGGGUCAUGGGCGCACAGCAAAAUUGUGCUGGCUUCCAUGCUUGGCUGUGAAGUUUACUGGAUGAACUUGGACCAGUCAUGCCCUCAGCAUAACCUACCUCAUAGGGUGUUGUGAAGAUAAAUGAGGAAGAGAUAAUCAUGUAUGCUCCUCUGAGCUCCUUAGAGGAAGGAGAGAGAGAGAGAUUCCCACUCUGUCACAAAUUACUCAUUUACACAGACCAUUGUGAGCCUUGUUUGUGCCUGUACAAACACAGGAGUUAGUUAUAAAUCUGUAAGUGCCUGAGAACUGCAGCGCACUAUUUCUGGCAUAAGGUCUUAGCAAAAUCUCUCCCCCACUAUAUUUCCCCCCUCCAGGAAUCCACAGUUCAUUACGAUUCCCCCAUCUGUCUUACGUGCCAAAUCUAUAGGUCCUUGCAUAGGACAUCUUCCUGAAGAAACGGGUCUUCUGAAGUGGGCAGCGUUUAGUAAACAAACCUUUUCAAUGCAGCAGUAUAAUCGGAAGAGCUGUUCCUCUGAAAUUUUGGUCUUUCUUUUACAAGUACAGAAGUUCUCUCUCAUGAGAAUAUGACCUCUUUGCUGUGAGACAAAAUGAAUUUAUUUAUUUACUUCAUUUAUAUCUCAUCUUUCUCUUCAAUGAAGACCCAAAAUGGCUUACAUCAGUUGCCUUUCCUUCAUUUUAGCUUCAUGAAAUGAAUAGUCGAACAGUGGAACUCAAAAUGGACAGAUAGAAACGUGAAGGAACCUAGUUUUCUGGGUAACUCCUUGUUCCUUUAAUAUGUAUGUGUGUGCUGUCAAGUUGCAAGUGAUGUUUGGUGAAUCCAUUAAGGAGUUUUCAAGGCAAGCAAGGAGCAGAAGUGGUUUGUCAUAGCCUUCCUCUUCAGAGCAGUCCCAGUCUUCUUUGGUAAUCUCCCAUACAAAUACCAACUCUGCUUAGCUUCUGAGAUCUGACAAGAUUGGGCAAUACAAUACUGGCUUCCCACCCCUGGCUCUUUAAUAUUUAUUUGGUAUAACAUCUUAGGAUGUUUAACUGAAUGGCAAGGCUUUAGGAACAAUGUGGAUGGAGUGCUAUUUUGCAGAAGCCAGGCCUAUUUCUCUAUUUGCUGCACUCAUCCCACAAACAACACUGAUGGUUGGACACGUCAGCUUCCCUCAAGUUUUGAUGGGAAAUGUAGGCGUCCUGGUUUUACAGCUUGGCUCUCCAUUACAGCUGCAAGACAAGGAUUCCUACAUUUCCCAUCAAAACUUGAGGGAAGCUGACAAGUGUCCAAUCUGUGUCAGGAGUCACUUGUAGCUUAGCUCACAGUUUCAAAUCCAGUGUCACUACUGGUCUAUAUGAGAUGGCAGACUCAGCAUGGAGUUAGAAGCUUAUUAUAGUUCUUAAGCAACUUUGGUAUCUCAAAAGUCCUAGGAAUGUGAAAUACCUUUAGUCAAGUGCUUUCUUUUUCAGGGGCUUCCCCCCACCUCACACACACACUUUCCAUUACUUCACCAUGUUCAGCCAGAGUGGAUACAGAUACACAUCCUUAUCGGGGUCACCAUUUUUUGCUUGCUACUAGCAUUUGAUUAGGGACAGAAUAUUCAUUUUUUGUACCAUUUCCUCUUUACAGGGCAAAAAUUAGGAAGGUAAUGCACAUUAUGUAACUUACUUAUAUUAAUGUAAUAUUAAUUUCACUAAAUCCUUUCCAUGGCAGAAGUCACUAGUUCUAUAUUUUUUAUUUUUGUAGAAAUGUGAUAGUGGCAGAUUCAUUUCUUUAAGUCCAGCUUUCCCCCAAAGCAGGGUAAGGAGCUCAUAGUCAGAGGGGCUCUCCCCUUUCUAAUGGCUUACCUCCCUGCUUGCAUUUUUCUGCCAACCAUGUUCACUUCUGAUAUCAACGGGGGAGUUCAGCGUCCUUCAGUCACUGACAUAUUUGCUCUUGAAACUUCUCCUUCAGCAUCAUCUCUUUGUGUCUGGGCAGAUGUAAGUUUCAAAGACAGAUUUGCUGUUACCAUUUCUAGAAUCAGGUUUGUCUUUUGAAUUAACAUAACAACAUCCUAUUUGCUUGUUUUGCUAGCUUCAAUACUAGAUAGUAUUACUGUGCCUUCAAUAACUGUAAAUGGGAAAGUGUUAGUCUCCUUGGUCAUAGUAUUGAUAGAGGAGCUGCAUCUGCUGAAAAUACAGAGGAUGGUUUCUUUUACCCUUGUGGUUACUUGCUCUUUUUAUGGUAUUUUUUAAGAAGGUGUCUGUUUUGAUUUAUUUUAUUUCUGUGGAAUAUCUUAGAAGUCAAAGACAGGUGGAAAAAAGAAGACAACAACAAAUCUUGUCUGCUUCUGGAUCCACAUAAUGCCUAAUCAACUCACAAAUAAAUAUUUUAUUACAAAUACCUCACAAUACUAAUUUUUUCUGUUUUCCAAAGAGAAUACUUUCUAAAGGCUUUCCCUAACUUCCCAUCACUUGAGGAAACAGGAGUGCAAAACAUAAAUGUCAAAAUUACAGGAACCCCAUUCCAUAUUCACAGUGCAAUCCUAAGCAGAGUUACCCCAGUUUAAGCCCAUUGAAAUCAAUGGAGUAACUCUGCUGAGAAUUGCACUGUCUUAGUUUAGCAAAUGUAGCAGUCCUACAGUACUUACAUGAUCUCUACAAGAUGGAUUUGCAAGAAUGCCAUGUAACUUUGUACUGUAAUAAAUUCCAGACAUCUCACAUCUAAUUCCAGACAUCUAAUAAUUUUAUAAUAGUCACUAACACAAAAGAAUUGGACUUUUAAAGUGACAGCACACUUCAUAUUUGGAAAAUGAGUUAUACCAUUUCAGCAGCUUCCCUUUUUUCAAUCCUUUUCUUUACAUUCAUCUUUUUUGCUAAGGUUGCUUCCAAAAGUAAGUAACAUGUUGUGAGACCUUAAACAUUUUUUUUACAUUUAAUGUAGUAAGUCUUGAAUGUGUUAGAAUAUACACUAUACAUUAGGCCUUGAAAUGUAUUGAAAUUGCUUUUAAUAGUGAUGGUGCCUCUCUUCUUUCCCAUGAGUAUUUCUGAAAUGAAUAAGAAACAGCUCCUUAAGUUAAAACAGGUGGAAUGCCUACUCACUGUCAUUGAUGACAUCUCAAAGGCUAACAUAUUUGACAACUGAAAUAACUAUAUGUAGAGGACUGCACAAUCCAUGCAAAUUUAUUUAAGAAAAUCACAGUAGCGUUUUUUAAUACGAGUCGUGAACUUUGGGAGACAGGAAUACUAAGUGCAGUUUGGACAAAAGGGAGCAAGUCCUUCAAAUGCUUAUUGACCUGUCACUUCUUUCCUCCAGAUAGUCUCUCCAAUGCCUUCUGUUCCCCUUGCCCCCCCCCCCAAAUCUGGUGUUCCAAUAACCCAGUUUGCAAGUGUAAGCAUGUCUUCCCCUGUGACUUGGAAGCAAGGAAAGGGUUAACAAUCCACCCUAUCUGCCAAAAGAGACAUGACAGGAGAUACUCAGUGUUGUCAUUUAAAUCAGAGAAAGGGUUCAGGAGGAAAGAGGAAAAAAGAAAAAAAAGGGAGGGGGAAUCCUGGUCACAGAUCUGCCAAAUCAUGUCCUUCGACCCUUAAAUGACUGGCAAAGUAAAAGUUAUGAAUGCAAUCUAUUUCAGGAAGAGUAGUCUUCUAUGAGUUUCAAAGAUAUAGCAUUAGUGGUUUGAAAAAUAGCUGAGUUCGAUUAUCAUAACUUAACAGUCUUGUAGAUUUUUGGGUAUACCCUUUUGGAGUUGUGCACUGAGAAAAUUUUCGUUUCAGUUUUGUAGCUGGUGGUUCUGGACAAACUCUGUCCUGUUAUUGGUAUGACAGAGAGGAAUAUUUCCAGCACCACAUCUGAAAAACAGCCAAUGAGAGCUGGUGGAAUGCUGGGCCACUGAUGGCUGAGAGUUUGUUAGAAGAUCAGUUAAGGCAGUUACUGGAGGAGAUGGUUUUGGAAGCUGCUAAGGGAGACAGCAGAAAUGUAGUUGGUUGUUAACUCCUAUUCUGUUACAUAGUAAUCAUUCCCUAUUUAACCACAAUAUUUUUAUACAUUUUAAAAUAAUUCACUUUUAUGUUCUAUGUUAUAAAUAAAAGUUAUUCUUCAUUCUAUUUUAA